AAGCUAUUAAAUGCUUAAAUUCGUAUCUAAUUGUAAAAUAAUAAAAAUUUUCAUGUUUAAAUUAUAAACAGUUACGUAUACAUUCAUAUUAUUAUCUUAUCUAUGCAUACAGUAUGCGUAAAUAUGUAUGUAUGAGUAUAACCAUCGGUAUAACCUCUCCGUGAAGGUUAGCGAUUGGUGGUUUGCUUACGUAAAAUGCUUUAAUGCUCAAUAUAGAUGGGACGAAUGAUAAACUUUGUUUUGAAGGCAAGAAUCGGAAGGGCGUUCAUUUACAGCUAUUACGGUAGCAAUUCAUUUUAGGAGUAGAUCAUGUGUCUAAUAGAAAAAAUAUAAACAUCAAUUUUGCAAUGCAGUACAUUGAUUUCACAUAGUCGUAAUUUACAUAUCUCAAAAAUCACAACUGACCGAUUUAAUAAAAUUCUAAUUGCAAACAGAGGAGAAAUUGCAUGCCGUGUAGCAAGAACUGCUAAAAAAUUAGGAGUAAAGACUGUUGCAGUAUAUAGCGAUAUAGAUAAAGAUUCUUUGCAUGUAGAACAAGCAGAUGAAGCAUAUUGUAUCGGCCCUGCACCAUCUAGCCAGAGCUACUUAAGACAGGACAAAAUUAUCUCUGUAGCAAAAAAGUCAAAGAGUCAAGCUAUACAUCCUGGUUAUGGUUUUCUCUCAGAAAAUGCAGAAUUUGCGGAACUCUGCCAGAAGGAAAAUAUUGUAUUUGUUGGGCCUCCAGCAGAUGCAAUUAAAAAUAUGGGAAUUAAAAGUACUUCAAAAGAUAUGAUGAUAAAAGCUGGAAUUCCUGUUAUAGCAGGAUAUCAUGGAGAUAACCAGUCUAAUGAAACCUUACUAUUGGAGGCAAAGAAGAUAGGUUUUCCUUUAAUGAUAAAAGCUGUAUGUGGUGGUGGAGGAAAAGGCAUGAGAAUAGUUCUAAAAGAAUCAGAGUUUAUUGAAGCUUUGGAAUCUGCAAAGACUGAAUCCAAAAAAGCAUUUGGUGAUUCUGCCAUUUUACUCGAACAAUAUAUCAGGAAUCCAAGACAUAUUGAAGUACAAAUUUUCGCAGAUAAACAUGGAAAUAUUGUUCACAUGUUUGAAAGGGAUUGUUCCAUUCAAAGGAGACAUCAAAAGAUUAUCGAAGAAGCACCUGCGCCUGGUAUUUCAACAAAUUUGAGAUCGGACUUAGGCGCAACAGCAGUUCGAGCGGCAAAAGCGGUAGGAUAUGUUGGCGCUGGUACCGUCGAAUUUAUAAUGGACCGUGAUCAAAAUAAUUUUUAUUUUAUGGAAAUGAAUACACGUCUUCAAGUAGAACAUCCCAUAACGGAAGCAAUUACGGGAUUGGAUUUGGUUGAAUGGCAGUUACGAAUAGCAGCGGGAGAGGAACUUCCAUUAAAACAGGCACAAAUUAAUUUUCGAGGACAUGCCUUUGAAGCGAGAAUUUAUGCAGAAGAACCAAGAAAAAAUUUUCUACCGGGGGCGGGUAAAUUGUCAUACAUGAGAGUUCCAGAAAUCAAAACUGAAGCGAUUAGAAUCGAAACCGGAGUUCGUGAAAAAGACCAAGUAUCAGUAUAUUAUGACCCCAUGAUCGCUAAAUUAAUCGUCUGGGGAAAAGAUCGAAAAGAAGCGUUGGCUAUACUUAGAUCAAAGUUAAACGAUUACAACAUAGCAGGACUAAAUACUAAUAUAGAAUUCAUCAAAGAUUUAUGUUCCCAUUUGAAUUUUUUGCAAGGUGAAGUACACACGGGAUUCAUAGAGGAACAUUGUCGAGAAUUAUUUCGAGAAUUACACGUGCCAUGUGAAGUUGUAGCUCAGGCUGCUCUCGCUUCUAUACUUUACGAAGAUACGCAUUCUUUACGAUCAUCUCUUACAACUGUUGAUCCUUUCAGCCCUUUUGCAACCGAAAUUGGUUUAAGGUUUAAUCACACUUUAACGCGAACUUUGUAUUUCAACGUUUGCGAUGAUGAUAUCGAAGUUGAAAUAAGAUACAUUGAACCUGAGGUCUAUUCCAUGAGAAUCAAUCAAAUCGGUCCUUGGAGGAGAGUAACAGGCACAUUAAAGAAAAAGGAAAACACGCUGGAAUUAUGUACCGAAAUUGACGAAACAAUUGCUAGAACGAAAAUUAUUAAAAUUCAUAACAAAUUGCAUUUAUUCACCAAAGACCGUGAAUGGCAAUUUAACAUACCUCCUAAAAAAUUUCUUCAUAAUCUUACAAAGUGUCAAAAUAAGGUGGAUCCAUGCAAAGCUUUAAGUCCUAUACCAGGUUCUGUAGAAAAGGUAUGUGUGGCGAAAGGAGACACUGUAAAAAUUGGAGACGCUUUACUUGUAAUUAACGCCAUGAAGAUGGAACACAUUAUCAGAGCAUCCGUAAAUGGAAUGGUCGAAGACGUGCUAUGUUCGAUAGGUGACAAUGUGCCAAAGGAUAAAAUUCUGGUUAAAUUAACUAAAUCUGUAUCUUGAAACACAAACAUUAUACAUUGUUAUUGUCUUCUUUUAUUUUUUAUUUUACUUAAUCGCUCUGAAACAAUUCUUUUUUAUCUUACAGUUACAAAAGAUUCAUAAUAUUUAAUAAUAAAUUCUUAUUCGACCAA